CCAUGGUCUGCACUCUGCAGUAUUUUCGUCAAGGCGGCAUGGUUUGGCUGUUAAGUUUAUUUCUCUUUUCGUUGUUAAAGGUUUAGUGGGUUUAGUUCAAUUUGUUUUCCGUGUUACCACUAGUUGUAAACGCAUUCUUGUGUGAAAUUGCCAUGCUAGCUUUUAAACAUCUGGUAGCUCGAACAGCCCAAUUCUUAGUCAGAUCAAAUCGAUGUCGCAGAAAUACCCGGCUAUUUAGACCUUUGCAGCACGUUCUAAAUUUCAGUUUGGCUAGCGGUUUUGUCGUUACUUUCAACGAUGAUGAGAAUCAGGAAGAUGAAGUGAAAACUAAAGUCAAUGUAGCUGAACCUCAAGAAUACAGCAACACGUUUAAACUUCAACAAGCUGCAAACAGUGCUGUAGACUCCUCAAUAUUGGUUUUGUCUAGUUCGUUUCACACAUUCCAAUUCACCCAUCAGAUAUAUGUGUCAUUACUGGGAUCUGCUAUAAAAGCCCUCUUAACUAGUAUUGAGGUUGGCCCUGUCAUGGUCGAAAGGCUGGGAAUUGAGGAACACAUUUCUCAGUUACAGUCAGAAAUUUUCAACCAAAAACAGCAAAUAAGUGAUAGCCUUUAUGUUUACAAUGAAUCCACGAAAUUGCUCAAUCAAGCGGCUAAUAUAUCUUUCCUGGUGGGCAAUGAAGUUUCAUCUGGUUUAGCGUCCACUCAUCUUCACAAUGUUCAACAAGAGGUUGACAAGAUGAAAAAUGAAGCAACACAACUAGAGACAGAAUAUUUGGAAUUGCAGAUGCAGUAUAUAGUCAAGUCCCAGUCAACAUGAAGAGAAAGGAUAUAUCCGCCGGAUCCACUCAUGUUCACUUCGGGAUGUGUUCGAAGCGGUAAAACUUGGUGAGUCCUGAACCAGGUUUCGGUUAGUUGCAGAUUGACGGCCAGGUUGCACUCGCGGAAUUGUAUGUACGUUUCACUCAGUGGCUUAACGAAUGAAAUACAAUUUGUUAGUUCUUCAUUA